AUGUUCAGGAAGUCAGUGUCCAAGGCGGUGCCCUCUAGUGCUCUGCUUCGUCCUCGGCGUGCUUUUUCCAACUCACUCCCCGUCAGGAGAGUCAUUGGGACCAAUCCAGUCAAGGCAGAGGAGGUCAAAUCCUGGUCUUCAGGCAAAUAUCCUCUUAUCGAGCAUGAGUACGAUGCUAUUGUCGUUGGUGCUGGUGGUGCUGGCCUUCGUGCUGCCUUUGGUCUUGCGGAAGCUGGCUUCAACACAGCUUGCAUCACCAAGCUAUUCCCAACCCGGAGUCACACUGUCGCGGCACAGGGUGGUAUCAAUGCUGCUCUCGGCAAUAUGACGGAAGACGACUGGCGAUGGCACAUGUACGAUACGGUUAAAGGCUCUGACUGGCUUGGUGACCAGGAUGCUAUUCAUUAUAUGUGCCGCGAGGCUCCCGGAUCAGUUAUGGAGCUUGAAAAAUACGGUGUUCCAUUCUCCCGCACCAAGGAUGGAAAGAUUUACCAACGUGCUCUUGGUGGCCAGUCUUUGAAUUAUGGCAAAGGCGGCCAAGCAUACCGUUGUGCUGCGGCUGCCGACCGUACCGGUCACGCUCUCCUCCACACCCUUUACGGCCAGUCGCUCCGACACAACACGAAUUUCUUCAUUGAAUACUUUGCUCUGGACUUGAUUAUGCAGGAUGGCGAGUGUGUUGGAGUCAUUGCGCUCAACAUGGAGGAUGGUACGCUCCACCGCUUCAGGGCUCACAAAACGGUUCUUGCAACAGGGGGUUACGGUCGUGCGUACUUCAGCUGCACGAGUGCGCACACUUGUUCGGGUGACGGUAAUGCAAUGGCUGCUCGCGCUGGCCUUCCUCUGCAGGAUUUGGAGUUUGUUCAGUUCCACCCAACCGGUAUCUAUGGUGCUGGCUGCCUUAUUUCUGAGGGUUGUCGUGGCGAGGGAGGUUACCUCUUGAACUCCGAGGGUGAGCGUUUCAUGGAACGUUAUGCACCCACUGCCAAGGAUCUUGCUUCACGUGAUGUCGUAUCUCGUGCGAUGACGAUGGAGGUCCGUGAAGGUCGUGGUGUUGGGCUUCAGAAAGACCACGUAUACCUCCAGCUCAGCCAUUUGCCUCCCGAACUUCUCCACGAGAGGUUGCCAGGUAUCUCCGAGACUGCUGCUAUUUUCUCCGGAGUCGAUGUCACCAGAGAGCCUAUCCCAGUGCUGCCUACAGUCCAUUACAACAUGGGUGGUAUUCCCACCAAGUACACUGGCGAGGUGCUGACUGUUGAUGAGAAUGGAAAAGACAAGACUAUCUCUGGUCUGUAUGCAGCUGGUGAGGCUGCGUGCGUGUCCGUUCACGGCGCGAACCGUCUUGGUGCAAACUCCCUCUUGGAUCUCGUCGUCUUCGGUCGCGCGUGCGCUCGUCAUAUCACGGAGACCUUUACUCCCGGAAAGCCCCACAAGGCUAUUCCUGAGGAAGCUGGUCUCGAGAGCGUAGAGUUUUUGGACCAGAUCAGAAAUUCGGAUGGCACAAAACCUACUGCCGUUAUAAGGCUGGAGAUGCAAAAAGCCAUGCAAUCCGAUGCCGCACUCUUCCGCACGCAGCAGAGUCUCGACGAAGGUGUUGAGAAGAUCCAUCAAAUAUACAAAUCAUUUGACAAUGUUAGCAUCAAGGAUAGGAGCAUGAUCUGGAACUCUGAUCUUGUUGAGACUCUUGAACUGCGCAACCUCCUACAGUGCGCAGUUCAAACUAUGACUGCGGCUGCGGCUCGUAAGGAGUCCCGAGGUGCUCACGCUCGUGAGGACUACCCUGAGCGUGACGAUGACAACUGGAUGAAGCAUACCCUCACAUGGCAGGACAAUGUCAACUCGCCCGACGUCACUCUCAAGUACCGCGGCGUCAUUGACAAGACCCUCGAUGAAAAUGAAUGCAAGCCAAUCCCACCAUUCAAGCGUAUAUAUUGA